CGACUUGACUCGCAAUCAACGCAAGCAAGCGCCUCGUCUCUCCACCCAGCAUGCUGUCGUCUUGAUUCAGUAUGGAGGCGCUCUUCUCUGAUCUCCGCUCGAGAAACACCGAGACCCGCUUACGGGCCGCAAAUGACCUACGAGACUAUGUCAUUGCCACAUCGAGAGAGCUGUCUGGCGAAGCCUUCACGCGCUUCAACAAUGAGAUCAACAAGAAGAUUUUCGAACUGAUACAUUCUCAUGACAAUCAUGAGAAGUUGGGUGCCAUUGUUGCAAUUGACCGGCUCAUUGAGUUUGAGAGCGAGGACGGCAAUACAAAGAUUACACGAUUCGCCAACUAUUUACGCAUUGUCUUGCCCGGCAACGAUCAGCAAGCAAUGACACUUGCGGCAAAGGCGCUUGGGAAGUUAGCCGUCAGUGGAGGCGUUUUGACGGCAGAGUUUGUCGAGUUUGAAAUAAAACGUUCUCUAGAAUGGCUUCAGGGCGAUCGCAACGAGAAUCGACGGAUGGCUGCCGUCCUGGUCAUUCGAGAGUUCGCCAUCAAUGCGCCUACACUAAUCUAUUCUUACGUCUCUCAGAUACUGGAUCUGCUCUGGAUGGCUCUGCGCGACCCAAAAGUUGUGAUUCGAAUUAGCGCAGCAGAUGCCUUGUCUAGCUGCCUGGAUAUUGUCUUUCAGCGCGAAGGUGCCCUACGGACGCAGUGGUAUAUUCGCAUACUGGACGAGGCUGAUCAUGGCUUCAAAAGUAGCAGCGUCGAAGUGAUACACGGUAGCCUCCUGGCUUAUCGGGCCCUGCUGCUCAAGGCAGGCAUGUUUAUGCACGAGCGCUAUCGAGCAACUUGCGACCUUGUUCUGCGAUACAAGGACCACAGGGACUCAUUAGUCCGCCGCAUGGUCGUUUCUCUCAUCCCUGCCCUCGCCUCGUACAACCCAAGCGACUUCACUAGCAGCUAUCUUACCAAAAGCAUGUCUUAUUUGCUUGCGCAGCUUAAGAAAGAGCGCGACCGAACAUCGUCGUAUGUGGCUAUUGGAGAAGUGGCGAUUGCUGUCAAGUCUGCAAUGAACCCAUAUCUUGAUGCUAUUCUCGCCAAUGUCCGUGAGGGCCUUGCUACAAAAGGUCGAGCACGGCGCGAGAAUGAGACGGCCAUCUUUCAAUGCAUUUCAAUGCUGGCGAUAGCAGUUGGGCAAGCACUCAAACCUCACAUGCAUGAGCUACUCGACAUGAUGUUUGCUUGUGGUCUUUCAGAGACAUUGCGAAAUGCUCUCGUUGAUUUGGCACACCAUAUUCCACCUCUGCUGCCUACUAUCCAAGAGCGACUGCUUAACUUGCUGUCCCUUAUCUUGAGUGGCAGACCUUUUCGUCCGCCAGGGGCACCCACUGCAAUGGUGACGAGUCACCCGUCGCGCGAGGCUCGUGAUGCGCUUGCAAUCGAGGGUCGAGAUGCGGAUCUUGUGAGUCUAGCAUUGACGACAUUAGGGACUUUCGACUUUACAAAUAAUGUGCUGAAUGAACUUGUGCGAGAUUGUGUCAUCUCUUACCUCGAAGAUGACAACAGUGAAGUACGCAAAGCAGCCGCGUUGACGGCCUGUCAGCUUUUUGUCCGGGAUCCCAUUUGUUUUCAAACAAGCAAUCACGCAAUUCAACUUGUCGGAGAGGUCCUCGAGAAGCUCCUAACUGUCGGCAUCGCCGAUCCAGAUUCGUCAAUCAGAUUGAUCGUGUUGAGCUCUCUGGACGAAAGAUUUGACCGCCAUCUGGCUCAGGCUGAGAAUGUCCGCAGCUUGUUCAUUGCUCUCAAUGAUGAAGUCUUUGAAAUUCGCCAAAUCACAAUCAGCAUAAUUGGGCGGCUCACUUAUCACAACCCAGCAUAUGUCAUGCCAAGUUUGCGCAAGACGCUAAUUCAGCUGUUGACUGAGCUUGAAUUUUCCGGUGUGUCUAGAAACAAGGAAGAGUCGGCGCGUUUGUUGUCUCUUUUAAUCGCUGCUGCUAGCAAGCUCAUCAAGCCGUAUGUGGAUCCAAUGCUCAAAGUCAUGCUGCCGAGAGCACGCGAUCCCAGCCCUGGUGUGGCGAGCAGCGUGUUGGCCGCCCUCGGCGAGUUGUCCACUGUGGGUGGCGAAGAUCUUCUCACUUAUUUGGACGACCUGAUGCCCCUGAUUAUCGAGACUUUGCAGGAUCAAAGCUCUACCGUCAAACGCGAUGCGGCUCUUCGAACAUUAGGGCAGCUUGCCAGUGCUUCUGGCUAUGUCAUUGAUCCUUAUCUUGACUAUCCAGCGCUGCUCAAUAUCCUUAUAAGCUUCUUGAAGUCCGAACAAGCGGGCUCAAUCCGAAGAGAGACUGUCAAGCUUAUUGGUAUUCUUGGAGCGCUAGAUCCCUACCGGCAUCAGAUGCUUGAGCGAGGCCCUGAGGAUCAUCUUCCAGAGCAAAAGGCCUUGACACAAGAUGCAUCCCUCUUAGUGACUGGUAUGGGACCUUCUGCAGAGGAAUACUAUCCGACAGUCGUCAUCACCACUUUGAUGAGCAUCUUGAAGGAUCAGUCUUUGAGCACGCAUCACACAGCCGUCAUCCAAGCAAUCAUGUAUAUCUUCAAGACACUUGGACUCAAAUGCGUGCCAUUCCUUUCCCAGAUCAUUCCGGGCUUCAUUCUCGUCAUGCGAACCUCAUCGCCAAAUAUUCUCGAGUUCUACUUCCAGCAGCUUGGCAUUCUCAUUUCCAUUGUGAAGCAGCAUAUUCGCAAUUUCUUGCCAGACAUUUUUCAGCUCAUUCGAGACUUUUGGAAUCCAACAUCCAACUUGCAGCUCACCAUCCUAGCUUUGGUUGAAUCCAUUGCUCGCGCGCUCGAAGGAGAGUUCAAAGUCUUUUUGCCGUCGCUCUUGCCGCUCAUGCUUCAAAUUUUCGACGCCGACAACUCGCCUCAGCGCAUUACCACUCAAAAGGUGUUGCACGCUUUCAUUGUCUUUGGCGCCAAUGUAGAGGAGUACAUGCACUUGAUCCUGCCAGUUAUUGUUCGUGGAUUGGAGCGCACCGACGUGCCUAUUUCCCUUCGAAAGUCUUCAAUACAUGCGAUAGCGCAGCUCUCGAGGAAAGUCAAUUUCUCUGAUCUCUCCUCUCGCAUCAUACAUCCUCUUGCCAGAGUCUUGGCGACUGGCCCACAUGAGCUGAAAAUGGCAGCCAUGGACUGUCUUUGUGCGCUCGUCUUUCAGCUUGGCUACGACUAUGCCAUUUUCAUUCCAAUGGUCAACAAAUGCCUCAUAACCAACAAAAUACAGCAUUCCAACUACGAUUUACUCGUUUCCAAGUUACUGAAGGGCGAAUCGCUGCCGCAAGAUUUGAACCCCGAUGUGAGCUUUGGCGAUCUUCGCGAAGGCGAUGCAACGUCAGCAGAAAUGGCGGCAAAGAAGCUGCCCGUCAACCAGCAACACCUCAAAAAUGCUUGGGAAGCCUCUCAGCGCUCUACAAGAGAUGAUUGGCAAGAGUGGAUCCGCCGACUUUCGGUGGAAUUGCUCAACGAAUCACCAUCGCAUGCAUUGAGAGCAUGCGCUGGCCUGGCAGGAUUGUACUAUCCCCUUGCUCGCGAGCUGUUCAACGCCGCCUUUGUUUCUUGCUGGACAGAACUAUACGAGCAAUACCAAGACGAGCUCGUUCGUGCCAUCGAGACUGCUUUGACUUCGCCAAAUAUCCCGCCAGAAAUUCUCCAAGCUCUUCUCAAUCUUGCUGAAUUCAUGGAGCACGAUGACAAGGCCCUUCCAAUUGAUAUUCGCACGCUAGGUUCCUACGCUGCAAAGUGUCAUGCUUUUGCCAAGGCGCUUCAUUACAAGGAGCUUGAAUUUAUCUCAGAGCCCAGCGCAGAAACGAUCGAAAGUCUUAUCAGCAUCAACAACCAGUUGCAGCAGCCAGACGCUGCUAUUGGCAUCUUGACCAAUGCUCAACAGCAUGAUGAUCUUGAGCUCAAGGAAACCUGGUAUGAGAAGUUGCAGCGGUGGGAAGAUGCACUGCAUGCUUAUGAGAAGAGAAGCUCAGAGGAGCAAAAGACAUUUGCCGUAACAAUGGGCAAAAUGCGCUGUUUGCACGCUUUGGGCGAGUGGGACUACUUGUCGCAGCUUGCACAAGACAAAUGGAUCCACGCUGGCCAUGACGUGAGAAGGUCAAUUGCUCCGCUCGCUGCGGCCGCCGCUUGGGGACUCGGACAAUGGGAGCUCAUGGACGAUUACAUUGGCGUCAUGAAGGCUGACGCUCCGGACAAGGCAUUUUUCAAAGCCAUCAUCUCGCUGCAUCGAAAUCAGUUCCCUGAAGCGCUACUACAUAUUACGCGUGCACGCGAUCUUCUCGAUACAGAGCUCACCGCUCUUGUUGGAGAAAGCUACAACAGAGCCUACAGUGUGGCAGUCCGAGUGCAGAUGCUAGCGGAACUAGAGGAAAUCAUCACAUACAAGCAAAGCAAGGAUCUGCCCGCUCGCCAGGCGAUUAUGCGGAAAACCUGGAUGAAGCGAUUGAAGGGCUGUCAACGCAAUGUUGAAGUAUGGCAGCGCAUGCUCAAGGUGCGGGCCCUCGUUAUUUCUCCAGGAGAAAACAUGGAGAUGUGGAUCAAAUUUGCCAAUUUAUGUCGCAAAUCAGGUCGUCUUGGAUUGGCAGAAAAGUCGCUCAACUCGUUGCUACCAGAAGGUGCUGUCGCUGGAGAUUUGACCCUUGCGCAGCCUCGCGUUGUCUAUGCUCAUUUGAAGUAUCAAUAUGAGACACAAGACAAAGCAUUGGCUUUGAGCAAAUUGCAAGAGUUUACCACGCGCAUGUCUGCAGAUCUCGGUAUGGAUGAGCGCACCAUCAAACAAACUUCUGCUGUUCGCCAAGAGUCACUGCAGACUGAUGUUGCAGACUAUUACAAAUUGCUCGCUCGCUGUUACAAUAAGCAAGGCGAGUGGCAGGUUGCCCUCGAGCGGGAUUGGACAAUCAACAAUACAGAAGAAGUCUUGCAAUCAUAUCACUUGGCGACGCAAUUUGAUAAAGAUUGGUACAAAGCAUGGCAUUCUUGGGCUCUGGCCAAUUUCGAUGUCAUUCAGCAGGCAGAGGCAACGGAUGAGGGCGUGACGCAUGAUAUGUAUGCGAAGCGUAUUCGGCCAGCUGUCCAGGCAUUCUUCCGGUCUAUUGCACUGAGCAGCGGCAAUUCACUGCAGGACACGCUCCGUUUGUUGAGCCUGUGGUUCAAGUACGCCAAUAAUCAUGAUGUGAGCCAAGCCAUCACUGAAGGCUUCACCACUGUCAGUAUCGACACUUGGUUGGAAGUCAUUCCUCAGCUGAUUGCUCGAAUUCAUGCGGCCGGCGCCAAUGUCAGAAGACUCAUCCACCUACUGCUUGCAGACGUGGGUCGAGCUCAUCCACAGGCAUUGGUUUAUCCACUGACGGUUGCGUCCAAGUCUCAGAGUGCAUCACGUCAAAGAGCCGCACUCGAUGUCAUGGAUAAGAUGAAAGUCCACAGCGCUAUUCUUGUCGAACAGGCUGAGCUGGUCAGUCACGAGCUGAUUCGUGUUGCAAUUUUGUGGCACGAACAAUGGCAUGAGGGCUUAGAAGAAGCUUCGCGCCUCUAUUUUGGAGAUCGCAAUAUCGAGGCAAUGUUUGCUACGCUUGAGCCACUCCACGAACUACUCGAGCGCGGCCCAGAGACUUUGAGGGAAACCUCAUUCAAUCAGGCAUUUGGAAGAGAUUUGCAGGAAGCGCGAAGCUGGUGUGCUAAGUACAAGCGCACACAGGAAACGGCCGACUUAAAUGCCGCCUGGGACCUCUACUACCAGGUGUUCCGCAAGAUCAGCAGGCAAUUACCCCAGCUCACCACAUUAGAGCUCCAAUACGUCUCUCCAAAGUUGCUUGAAGCCCAAGAUUUGGAGCUCGCAGUGCCUGGCACAUAUCACUCUGGUCGCGAAAUCAUCAAGAUCGGCAGCUUUGCAUCAACAUUCAAUGUCAUUACUUCAAAGCAACGUCCUCGUCGGUUGACAAUGAAGGGUAGUGACGGCAAAGAUUAUCAGUAUGUGCUCAAGGGUCACGAGGAUAUUCGACAGGAUGAGCGUGUCAUGCAACUAUUUGGAUUGGUCAACACCUUGCUUUCUAUUGACUCUGAGAGCUUCAAGCGCCACCUCAACAUUCAACGGUAUCCCGUCAUCCCGCUGUCUCCCAAUUCUGGUCUCCUGGGCUGGGUGCCUGAUUCGGAUACACUGCAUGUUCUUAUCCGUGACUACAGGGAUUCGCGCAAGAUCUUGCUAAAUAUUGAACAUCGAUUGAUGCUUCAAAUGGCGCCAGAUUACGACAAUUUGACCCUCUUGCAAAAAGUCGAGGUGUUUGAAUAUGCGCUGGACAACACGACAGGACAAGACCUUUACCGUGUCUUGUGGCUCAAGUCGCGCAGUUCCGAGGCAUGGUUGGAUCGUCGAACCAAUUAUACACGAUCUCUUGCAGUCAUGUCCAUGACAGGUUAUAUUUUGGGUCUGGGAGACCGUCACCCAUCCAAUUUGAUGCUUGACCGCUACACAGGCAAGGUUAUUCAUAUCGAUUUCGGAGACUGCUUCGAGGUUGCUAUGCACCGAGAAAAGUUUCCUGAGAGAAUCCCUUUUAGGUUGACACGUAUGUUGACCAAUGCCAUGGAAGUCAGUGGUAUCGAAGGAUCUUUCCGCAUCACUUGCGAGCACGUCAUGCGUGUGCUUCGAGAAAACAAGGAAUCACUGAUGGCCGUGCUGGAAGCAUUUGUGUACGAUCCACUCAUCAACUGGCGACUUUUGACCACGGGUCCAAGUCCGGGCGAUGGGCAAGGUCGUCGCACAUCUGUUGGCGAAGCGGAUGGUGAGGUUGACGAGAACCUAAUGGCAGUGCGGAGGACACGACCUGAUGAGAGUGAGCAAUUGCGCGAAGCUCAAAACAAGCCGGAGGUGUUGAAUCAGCGCGCAGUCAAUGUGUUGAACAGAGUGUCAAACAAGCUCACGGGGCGGGAUUUUAAACCAGACAAUGAGCUUGACGUCAAGAUUCAAGUGGAGAAGCUCAUUCAGCAAGCGACGUCCUUGGAGAAUCUAUGUCAGGCAUACAUUGGGUGGUGCGCAUUCUGGUGA